AUGCGGAGUGCCUGCGUGGACCGGCUCCCAGCAUCCCUCCUGCGACCUGAGCAAGUUCUUUCCCAAUGCCACGCUCUGCCCACGAGGCCCCCUCUCCCCGCCGUUUUGGGGGGACCCCAGCUCGGCAGCCAUGAGACAUUCACCCUCGGAAGAGCUGCUUACAGGACGGUGGCCACGCCCGCGGCCCCUCCUGAGGGCGAAGCGGCUGCCCUGCUCCUGCAGCGGCGCGGAGCGCCCGACUGGCCCGCAACUGGGUGUUCCUACCCCCCAGCUGGCUGGUGUUUGCAGCUCACACGUGGCGUAAAAACCAGUUUUCACGUCAAAACAAGCUUUAUUCCCUUUCCAUCUCCUGUUGGAGAAGUGAGGCUGUGGGCACCUCUGCGUCUCACCGUGCGGGCCCCGGACCUGCAGCAACAGUACCACCUGGGAACUGGUUGGAAAUGCAACUUCUCGGGCCCCGUUUCCGAUCUGGUGAAUCAGAAACUCUGCGUUCUGUGCUGUCACGAGCCCUUCAGACCGGUUCCCACCCACGCGGGCUGUCCUCAGCAGCUGCCACCCAGCCCUGGCUUCACCGCGACCUCAUCUCAUCCUAAUUACCAGGCCCGACUGAGAGAUGCAACUCAGACCCCAGUAUCGCGAAGAAUCUGUGAUGGCAAGGAGUGUGGGCCUCUGCCCAUGAGGGGCUCUGCCUCCAUCGCUUCUCCAGCAAGCUGGGAGCCACAGGUGUCAGGGAGAGAACCUCUGCCCUCCACCCGGGCUCCCCGACCUCCUCUGACACCCUUCCAAAGCAAGGCAAGAGAAGUUCUACUUAGCCACGUCUCACUAGGGAGACGUUACUGUGGCUUAAUGAUCGUAGCCAUGUGGGGUACAUCUCUUAAACUUUGUGCUCCCAGGCAAGAAGCACACCUUUCUAAGGCUGUCCCCUCGGACAGACUUCGGCGACCGUCCUCGCUCUCAGAUCGCUGCCGGACACAGGCCGGCCAAGCUCACCAGUUGGGCGCGUGAGUUGAGGGCGACUUUCUAGACUUGGACACUGUUGAUGGGCAAGGCGUCUGGCUUCCUUCCCUUCAUCCUCUGCUCAGGAGUGUUCAGCAUUUCCAUUUUUAUAAGAGAACCGUGACUGCAAGGUAUUAGCACAGUCUGAGCUACUGGCAAUAUGGGACUUUUCUCAUUUUUGCCUGUUACAGCUUGGACGUAGCGCUCCUCUUGUUACAUCUGCAAAGUGAGAAUGAGCGAGCAGCAGGCCUCUAACUCAGGCCUGAUGCCCUCCUGGGCUUGACCUUGAACGCUGGGUUUUAGGACAUGAAUGGGAGAAUAGACAUGGAUGGGGUUAGAGAGGUGAGCACAUGCCAGAAAGUAACACGCACUCGUGCCAUUCCGAGGGGUCGGGACUGUCCUGCAGAGUAGCGCUUCUCAGAAUGCGACCCAGAGACCACCUGUACAGAGCAGCCUGACACGUUUGCCAACAAUGUUAUUCUUGAGCCCCGUUCCCAGGUCUACUGACUCUGAAUCUUUGUGGUGGAUCCAGGACCCCACGUAGUCACAAGAUGCCUGGGUAAUUCUCAAGCACACUUUACUUUGAAAACAAUGGCACCAUUGAUUGAGAGGUUCAUUCAAGAACCUAAACCAAGGGAUGAUGUAAUCAGAUUGAUCGCUUUGGUUGCACUUUGUGGGACGUAUUUUAAAAACUGGAGGCCAGACAAGUGAUUAUCGUAAUACUCCAGGUGAGGAAUGAUGAAGGUCUGAACUGAGCACCAGCGAUGAGGCUGCAGCUACAUGAGGAGGUCAGCUCUGGAGUUUCCAACUUGAGUGAUUGAGUCAAUAAAGGAUAAUUAGGGGGAUUCAAAGGAAAUGUAAUUUGCGGAGGAAAAUUCUUAGUUGCUUUAGAUAUGCUGAGUUUGAGGAGCCUGGGGUUACCCCGAGGGGAGCAGUCCAGGGGGAGGUUGGACGGAAGUUUGGACUCAGGAGGAAAUUCUGAACAAAAGAUAACAGAGAGACGGGGAAGGAAAUCCUUGGCGCGGAUGUGAUUUCUCAGGAAGAAUGCGAGAGCAAAGAAAAAGCCUGAGGACAAAAUGUUUAGGACUGUCAACAUCAAAGGGCGAAGCAGAAGAAAAGUUGCCUGAUGAAUGGGGCUUAAAAUUAGGGAAAGUAACUUUUUUAAUGUCCAUUUUAUUUUUUUUUAAUUUGAAUACAAAGUGUUUUAAUAAACAAGAAUGUAACCACUGCUAAAUUAUCCAUAUGCUGAGUCAAGGCAAAAAUGUUACCCAGAUUAAAAGAACAUAGACAUGAUAGUCCAUGAAGCCAGUGGGAUGAAGUUAAAAAUAAGAGUUUAAUGUCCAUUUUAGAUCAAUUUAAAUUUUAACAAGACGGCAUGUUUGCAUAGGUAGUGAUUAGGAAAUACAAUUCUAUUUAAGUAUUUAUCCCAGGCUAUUUAAUAAAUUUAAUGAGAUGAAUGCAAGCACCAGAGUUCAAUGUUGCAGGUGGGGCAGGAGGAGAGAAUUGAGUUGGGUGGGAGAAUAGCCAUAUCACCAGUGAGAGUUCAGGGGAUGCGGACAUAAGUGAACCCUCUUCAUUAAGGCUGCGCACAAAGUAAAAAUGCUUUCAGUAAAAUUGCCUUCAGUAAGAAAUGCCACCAGCCAGUUCUUUCAGGCAUGAGUGUAAGAAAAAUCAAAGAGAUAUUUUGGAAGGACAAAGUGGAAACUGCUUUUCUACACCUCACAUGUGAGUGGAGGCAGGAAGGCUAUUGGUUUAAACGUCUCUUGGCUGGGAACAGAAUGGAUUUUCCCCUUUCCUUCUUUAUGUGUAUGUUGUUGCUAAUAAUUCACAAAGUAUUUUCCUAUUUACACCUCAAUUCCCCCAAGUAAAUGUUUAACCAUGAUUACACAUUAAGAAAAAUAAGAACUUACACUGAGAGUCUUAACCAUGCCCCAGAAUUGGUUUUCAGUGCAUUAUUGAUCUCAACCCAUUCGUUCUGCACAAGCAUGUUAUAAACUAGGUACACUCAUCCUUAUUUUAUAGAAAAGUAAGCAGAGGGCUGGGGUAACUUAACCAGGGUCACCCAACUAAGACACCCACAUAAAAAUUCACACCCAGGCAGUCUAUAUCCUGCACCUGUUCCUUUGUCUAUCAUUUUAUACCACUUUUAGUUCAUAGGUCCUAGUGACUAUUAAUAAAUAGAAGCUGCUUAGAUUACCCAGUUACUUUUGAUUUUCUCAGAGGAAGCCCAAGGUAGUCAGUAACUAGGAACUGCCAUGAGAGUUUAUGAUAAAUAAUCAGUGAGGCGGAAUAACUCAUAAAUGUUCUCUCUUGCUGUUAGGCUCUAUAAUAUAUGUACAUUUCAUUACAUGACCCUAUGCAUAUUUAUUACUUUAGAUGGUUUUCACCUGUCUGGUUUUAGCUAGAUUAUAAAUUCUCUGAGGCAAAGUAGUACAUACUCUUAAUAUUCAGAGCCUGGCACAGGAAAGCAGUGAAAAUCCAUUGAUGCAUUUUUAAUGAACAAGUCAGGUAAUGAAGGGGAGCUUGGAAGAGCUUCUUUUAGUCACACAAAUAUUUUUCAGUUAUUUUCCAAAUAGCCUGAGUUGGAAAAUCUAAAUCUAAAAUAUGUUUCA